AUGCUUGACAAUGGAGUGAUCGCUGGCAACAUGGCCAUCGUUCAAACAUUGUUGUUCCAGACAGAGCCCAUCAAGUUUAAAGUCGACAUGAGUAGAUUGAUCACGCUGGCCAUUGAUCAUCGUCGCUACCCCAUGGCAAGGUACCUCACCGACAUGCUGCAGUUGACUCCAUCAUCGUCAUCAUAA